GGAGGGGACGAGGGAGGAGCGCGGCGGGAGGAGGGAGGAGCCGCGGGAGCCGCGCCGCCGCCUAGCUGCUAUGUGGCGGGCCAGUCGGCGGGUAAACACCAGGAGCAGCAGCGGCGGCCGGGGUCGCCCGGGUCUGGGGCAGUGAGUCCGCCCGCCGCCGCUGAGCCCUGCAAGCACUGCCAUGGCCGAAGUGCGCAAAUUCACCAAGCGGCUCAGCAAACCCGGCACGGCGGCCGAGCUCCGUCAGAGCGUGUCGGAGGCCGUACGCGGCUCUGUGGUGCUGGAAAAGACCAAGGUCGUUGAGCCUUUGGACUAUGAGAAUGUCAUCACCCAAAGAAAGACACAGAUUUACAGCGAUCCUCUCAGAGACCUGCUCAUGUUUCCUAUGGAAGAUAUCUCGAUAUCGGUGCUCAGUCGCCACCACAGGACAGUGCAGUCCACUGUACCAGAAGAUGGGGCACAAAGGGCCCAGAGUUUGUUUGUCAAAGAGUGUAUUAAGACCUACAGCACUGAUUGGCAUGUGGUGAACUACAAGUAUGAAGACUUCUCUGGGGACUUCCGCAUGCUGCCAUGCAAAUCAGUGCGGCCAGAAAAGAUCCCCAGCCAUGUGUUUGAGAUUGAUGAGGACUGUGAGAAAGAUGAGGAUUCAUCUUCUCUGUGUUCUCAGAAGGGAGGUGUGAUAAAACAAGGCUGGUUGCAUAAAGCGAACGUAAACAGCACUAUCACAGUCACCAUGAAGGUAUUCAAGAGACGGUACUUUUACUUAACUCAGCUGCCUGAUGGUUCAUACAUUCUCAAUUCCUACAAAGAUGAGAAGAACUCGAAGGAAUCGAAAGGCUGCAUCUACUUGGAUGCCUGCAUCGAUGUUGUUCAGUGCCCCAAAAUGCGCCGUCAUGCUUUUGAACUCAAGAUGUUGGAUAAGUACAGCCAUUAUCUGGCUGCUGAAACGGAGCAGGAAAUGGAGGAGUGGCUGAUCACUUUGAAGAAGAUUAUUCAGAUCAAUACCGACAGUUUAGUCCAAGAGAAAAAGGAGACGGCAGAAACGGCACAAGAGGAUGAAACUGGCAGCCAAGGCAAAGCUGAGAACAUCAUGGCCAGUUUGGAAAGGAGCAUGCAUCCCGAACUGAUGAAGUAUGGAAGAGAAACUGAACAGCUGAAUAAAGUCAGCAGAGGAGAUGGAAGACAGAACCUCUUUUCUUUUGAUUCAGAAGUCCAGAGGCUGGACUUUUCAGGGAUUGAGCCUGAUAUAAAGCCAUUUGAAGAAAAGUGCAAUAAACGUUUGCUGGUAAACUGCCAUGAUUUAACUUUCAAUAUCUUGGGUCAAGUUGGAGACAAUGUGAAAGGACCACCCACAAAUGUUGAACCCUUUUUCAUCAAUCUUGCCUUAUUUGAUGUAAAGAACAAUUGUAAGCUUUCAGCUGACUUCCACGUAGACCUGAACCCCCCUUCUGUGCGGGAAAUGCUGUGGAGCACUUCAGCCUACCUGGCCAGUGAAGGGAACCCGAAAAGCGCCUCACCUGAGUCCUUUAUUCAUGGAAUUGCUGAAUCUCAGCUACGCUACAUAAAGCAGGGAAUUUUCUCCGUGACGAAUCCACACCCUGAAAUUUUUCUGGUUGCCAGGAUUGAGAAAGUUCUCCAGGGAAACAUCACACAUUGUGCAGAGCCGUACAUCAAAACGUCAGACCCCGCAAAGAUGGCCCAGAAGGUGCACAGGACAGCAAAGCAGGUGUGCGGCCGCCUUGGACAAUACAGGAUGCCCUUUGCGUGGGCCGCCAGACCUGUCUUCAAAGACAUUCAAGGAUCUUUGGAUCUGGAUGGGAGAUUUUCUCCUUUGUAUAAACAAGACAGUAGCAAGCUCUCAAAUGAAGACAUUCUCAAGUUGCUCUCAGAAUAUAAGAAGCCAGAGAAGACCAAAUUGCAGAUUAUUCCUGGACAGCUAAAUAUUACAGUAGAAUGUGUUCCUGUGGAUUUGUCAAACUGUAUUACUUCUUCAUAUGUGCCCCUGAAACCAUUCGAAAAGAACUGUCAAAAUAUUACUGUGGAAGUUGAGGAGUUUGUUCCAGAAAUGACCAAAUAUUGCUAUCCAUUUACGAUUUACAAAAACCACCUGUAUGUAUAUCCCUUGCAAUUAAAAUACGAUAGCCAGAAAACGUUUGCUAAGGCGAGGAACAUUGCAGUCUGUGUGGAAUUCCGGGAUUCAGACGAAAGUGAUGCUAGUGCACUGAAGUGCAUCUAUGGAAAGCCUGCGGGGUCUGUUUUCACCACAAGUGCGUAUGCUGUGGUUUCGCAUCACAAUCAAAACCCAGAGUUCUAUGAUGAGAUUAAAAUCGAGCUCCCCAUUCAUCUGCAUCAAAAGCAUCAUUUGCUUUUUACUUUUUACCAUGUGAGUUGUGAAAUUAACACCAAGGGAACGACAAAAAAACAAGACACCGUUGAAACUCCAGUUGGAUUUGCCUGGGUUCCACUGCUGAAGGAUGGGAGGAUCUUCACCUUUGAACUGCAGCUGCCUGUGUCAGCCAAUCUUCCUCCCGGCUACCUGAACCUCAAUGAUGCAGACUCCAGAAAGCAAUCGAAUGUGGAUAUUAAGUGGGUGGAUGGGGCAAAACCUUUGCUGAAGAUUAAAAGCCACUUAGAGUCUACCAUUUAUACUCAAGAUUUACAUGUGCACAAAUUCUUCCAUCACUGUCAGCUGAUUCAGUCAGGUUCCAAAGAGGUCCCGGGUGAGCUCAUUAAAUAUCUAAAGUGCUUACAUGCCAUGGAGAUCCAAGUCAUGAUACAGUUCCUACCUGUAAUCCUGAUACAACUCUUCCGAGUACUCACGAACAUGACCCAGGAAGAUGAUGUGCCCUUCAACUGCACCAUGGUCCUACUGCAUAUUGUGUCAAAGUGUCAUGAAGAAGGCCUGGAUAAUUACUUGAGAUCCUUCAUCAAGUAUAACUUCCGGCCUGAAAAACCGAGUCCCCCACAGGCCCAGCUGAUACAUGAAACUCUGGCUACAACCAUGAUAGCUACCUUAAAGCAAUCUGCAGACUUUUUAGCAAUAAACAGGAUGCUGAAGUAUUCAUGGUUUUUCUUUGAGAUUAUUGCAAAGUCAAUGGCCACAUACUUAUUGGAAGAAAAUAAAAUUAAGCUUCCCAGAAGCCAGCGAUUCCCCGAGGCAUAUCAUCAUGUGUUGCAUUCAUUGCUCCUUGCAAUCAUCCCCCAUGUGACUAUUCGCUAUGCAGAGAUUCCCGAUGAGUCCCGAAACGUCAAUUACAGCUUGGCGAACUUCCUGAAGCGCUGUUUGACACUGAUGGACAGAGGAUUUGUUUUCAAUCUGAUAAAUGACUAUAUAUCUGGAUUCAGCCCCAAAGAUCCCAGGGUACUGGCUGAAUACAAGUUUGAAUUUCUGCAGACCAUUUGCAAUCAUGAGCAUUACAUCCCUCUGAACUUGCCCAUGGCAUUUGCAAAGCCUAAACUCCAACGUGUUCAAGAUUUUUUUUCAUUUGCGGUGGACCGUUUCACUUCAGUAGAUUCAAACCUUGAAUACAGUUUAUCAGAUGAGUAUUGCAAGCAUCACUUCCUGGUUGGUCUGCUUCUGAGGGAAACCUCCGUUGCUCUUCAAGACAGUUACGAGAUCAGAUACACAGCUAUCUCUGUCAUAAAGAAUCUUUUAAUAAAACAUGCCUUUGACACUAGAUAUCAGCACAAGAACCAGCAAGCCAAAAUAGCACAGUUGUACCUGCCAUUUGUUGGACUGCUUCUGGAAAACAUACAGCGAUUAGCAGGUCGUGAUACAUUGUAUUCUUGUGCAGCUAUGCCAAAUUCUGCAUCCAGGGAUGACUUCGUGUGUGGUUUUACUUCACCUACCAGUAGAGGAAGUCUGAGCACUGACAAAGAGCCCGCUUAUGGAUCGUUCCCAAAUGGACAUGGAAUUAAGAGGGAAGAUUCAAGAGGUUCCCUCAUCCCAGAAGGAGUUGUGGGGUUUCCAGAUCAAAGCAGCACUGGUGAACAUGCUCGGCAGAGUUCUACAAGAAGUAGCAUAUCCCAGUAUAACCGAUUGGAUCCGUAUGAAAUUAGAAGCCUCUUGAUGUGCUACUUAUAUAUAGUAAAAAUGAUUUCGGAAGAUACUCUCUUGACUUACUGGAAUAAAGUAUCGCCUCAGGAGCUCAUCAACAUUCUCAUUCUUUUAGAAGUGUGUUUGUUUCACUUUAGGUACAUGGGAAAAAGAAACAUAGCAAGGGUGCAUGAUGCCUGGCUCUCUAAGCACUUUGGAGUAGACCGAAAAUCCCAAACGAUGCCAGCUCUUCGCAACAGAUCAGGAGUGAUGCAGGCCCGGCUUCAACAUCUUAGUAGUCUGGAAAGUUCCUUCACGCUUAAUCACAGUUCGGCCACCACAGAAGCAGACAUUUUCCAUCAGGCCCUUCUGGAAGGCAAUACUGCUACUGAGGUUUCCCUGACAGUACUGGAUACCAUAUCGUUCUUCACCCAGUGCUUCAAGAGCCAGCUUUUAAAUAAUGAUGGCCACAACCCGUUAAUGAAAAAAGUAUUCGAUAUUCACCUCGCUUUUCUUAAAAAUGGACAAUCUGAAGUGUCACUGAAACACGUAUUUGCCUCAUUGCGAGCUUUCAUUAGUAAGUUCCCCUCAGCCUUUUUCAAGGGCCGGGUAAACAUGUGUGCUGCAUUUUGCUAUGAGGUCUUAAAGUGCUGCACCUCGAAGAUCAGCUCAACUAGAAAUGAAGCUUCUGCACUUCUGUAUCUCCUAAUGAGAAACAACUUCGAGUACACCAAAAGGAAAACAUUUCUGAGGACACAUCUGCAGAUAAUUAUUGCUGUAAGCCAGUUGAUUGCUGACGUGGCACUGAGUGGAGGAUCCAGAUUUCAGGAGUCUUUGUUCAUUAUCAAUAAUUUUGCCAAUAGUGACAGACCCAUGAAGGCAACCGCUUUCCCUGCAGAAGUCAAAGACUUGACCAAGAGAAUCCGCACUGUUCUCAUGGCCACCGCUCAAAUGAAGGAGCAUGAGAAAGACCCCGAGAUGCUCAUUGAUCUCCAGUAUAGUUUAGCCAAGUCCUACGCAAGUACCCCCGAGCUCCGGAAAACCUGGCUUGACAGCAUGGCCAAGAUUCAUAUUAAAAAUGGCGACUACUCAGAGGCAGCGAUGUGUUAUGUCCAUGUAGCAGCUUUGGUGGCUGAGUUUCUCCAUCGAAAAAAAUUAUUCCCUAGUGGAUGUUCAGCCUUUAAGAAAAUUACUCCCAAUAUAGAUGAAGAAGGAGCAAUGAAAGAAGAUGCUGGAAUGAUGGAUGUCCACUAUAGCGAAGAAGUUUUGCUAGAAUUGCUAGAACAAUGUGUGGACGGACUGUGGAAGGCAGAACGCUAUGAAGUUAUUUCUGAGAUCUCCAAGUUGAUCAUUCCAAUCUAUGAGAAGCGUCGUGAAUUCGAGAAACUUACUCAAGUUUACAGAACUCUUCAUGGAGCCUACACAAAAAUUCUAGAAGUCAUGCAAACCAAAAAAAGACUUUUAGGCACUUUCUUCAGGGUUGCCUUUUAUGGCCAGUCUUUUUUUGAAGAAGAGGACGGAAAAGAGUACAUUUACAAGGAGCCGAAGCUCACCGGCCUCUCGGAAAUUUCCCUGAGACUUGUGAAACUUUAUGGUGAAAAACUGGGUACAGAGAAUGUCAAAAUUAUUCAGGAUUCAGACAAGGUAAAUGCCAAAGAGCUUGAUCCAAAAUAUGCUCACAUCCAAGUCACGUAUGUGAAACCCUACUUUGAUGACAAAGAGCUCACAGAGAGAAAGACCGAGUUUGAAAGAAACCAUAACAUCAGCAGAUUUGUCUUUGAGGCCCCUUACACAUUAUCGGGCAAAAAGCAAGGCUGCAUAGAAGAGCAGUGCAAACGCCGGACAAUCUUGACUACUUCCAACUCAUUUCCAUAUGUGAAGAAGAGGAUCCCUAUAAGCAACGAACAGCAAAUUAACUUAAAGCCGAUUGAUGUUGCUACAGACGAAAUAAAAGACAAAACAGCCGAGCUGCAAAAGCUUUGCUCUUCUGCUGAUGUGGACAUGAUUCAGCUUCAGCUGAAAUUGCAGGGUUGUGUUUCAGUGCAGGUAAAUGCCGGUCCACUAGCAUAUGCAAGGGCUUUCUUAAAUGACAGUCAAGCCAGCAAAUAUCCACCUAAGAAAGUAACUGAGUUGAAAGACAUGUUUCGGAGGUUCAUCCAGGCUUGUAGUAUUGCCCUGGAACUAAACGAGCGCUUAAUUAAAGAGGAUCAGAUUGAAUACCAUGAAGGGCUGAAGUCAAAUUUCAGAGACAUGGUGAAAGAACUGUCCGAUAUUAUCCAUGAGCAGAUAUUACAAGAAGACACAAUGCAUUCUCCCUGGAUGAACAACACACUCCAUGUGUUUUGUGCAAUCAGUGGGACAGCAAGUGAUAGAGGUUACGGCUCUACGGAGGUCUGGGGACACGCAGGUGUGAAGUGACAGCAAGGCUGUCCUUUCUCACGAAUAUCCGGAGCUGUGCAAAUGCUAAGAUUUGAAGAUGUGAUGGACCUGGAGUGUUUCUUUCUUCCCAACACCAAAAUUGUCAUGCUUUCGAACAGGGUGCUUAUAUAUUUGUAAAUAUUAAGCAACUUGAAAGUGCCUGGAAAAAUGCACCACUGUGCUUAGUUUGUACUUUUUUGGGGGGAGGGGCAUAAAUCUGUAUACUGAGGAGGUAGAGCUGAGAACACUUUUGCUUCAGUUUGCUUAAUUAUUGCUUCAGCUAAUAAUGGUACUAUGUAAAAUUGUAUAAUGGAACACAAUAAAGGGCCAACCUUAUUUGUAA